AUUUUCUCUAAGACAGAGCUUACAACUGUUAACACCUACUUCCAUGAAGCUAAUCCAAACCUUUGCAAUAACACAUGGGGAAACCCUGUCUUGAUUGCAACAAAAUGGGGUGAUACAGAAAUCGUACAGGAGCUCUUGGACAACGAUGCAGACCCAAAUAUGGCGGCCAAGAGGCUUGGCAAGAUGCUAGCUGAUCACAAGGACAAGCAACAUGAGGGAGGUGUGCAUGCUUUUGAUGAGAUGGCCCGCGCUGAGCUGCGAAACUUCACAGACUUGGCCAGGAGACUCAAUCCACAACAGUUGUUUACCUCGAGGACACCAAGAGAUGUUCUGAGGCUGACAAUAAAAUCCCUGGCCACAGUCCAGAAGCACCUCAGUUUAGGUCCACUCAUGCUACCACUGAAACCUGAGAAGGAUGAAGGCAGAGAAGAGAUUAAUUCUCAAAAACAAAGAAGCGAGGAUGACGCUGCAACCGUGGAAAGAAAGGAACAAGAAAUGACAGUUCCUUCCUACUACAAGUACGACGACAGAUACCCAGGAAUAAGGUUCUUUGGGAAUCCGCGGAAGCAAACGGUCACAGUGGCUGGUGCUCACAUCAGCUGGAGGGAGGAGAUAGGGGUGGAGUUUGUUAUCCCUCCCGGGGCAGUCCCUGCGGACAGAGAGCUGGAACUGAGUGUCUGGCCAUGUUGUGACGGUCCGUUCUCAUUGCCCGAUGACUGUGAACUAGCCAGUCCUGUGUUCCUCGUCUCUCCCUCGUUUGAAUUCUCGCGUGACAUUUCCCUCACCAUGUCGCACUUCUCAAACCUAGAAACUGGGGACGACUGUGAGGAAAUGUUCUUCCUCUCGGCACCAGCCACUUCACACACGAGAGAGAGGCCGGUGUAUCGGUUCAGAGUCCUUGGAGAGGGGGAUUUCAAACCUCAUCAGAAUGACGGUCGAAUUCUGCUCACUCAUUUCUGUACGAUAACUACUGGUCGUAAGCGCAAGAAGCCCUCAGAAAAUCCUUCUAGUAAACGAAUGAGAGAUGACAAUCGAUAUGUGUGCCAAGUUUAUCGAGGCAAGGAGUAUGAUGACACUGUUCUAUUUUCUGCCUUUCUUCACCAUGAGUUGUAUUUCACUAAACUGCAAAAGUUUGUGAAGGAGAACUUCUCUUCUAGGCUUUUCUCGCUUUCUUUCGAGCCAAUCAGCCUUCUAGAGGACAAAGUAGCGCUAAAGUGGCCCUUUGAUAUGGGAUGGCAAAUAUACUCUGACAAGGAACCUUGUGAGCUAACCAAAGAAAUGAUGGACUCCAGUAAUAGCUUCCCAUAUCCUCCGACAAUCAAGCUGGAUAUCGAGAGAGACCCUAAUUCAAGUUUUCAGUCCACUAGAAUUCUUGUGGAGAUAUUGGGUAUCACAGAGUGGGGAAGGAAAUACACACUGAAGCCAAAGCAAGGUUAGCUGUAUGCACAAUGUCAUACAUUAUUCUCUGGUUUUCAUGGCAACAGUGCAAAUAACAGGAUUCUACUCCCUGUAGGCACCAGUCCAUGUUAUUCGCUAUCAUCAAAUUCUUCUGGUCCAUUCAGUCCACCGCUCCAGUCCCCACAGACUCCCCUACACAGUCACUUGCAACAUCACGUUCACUUUCAAGCUCUUCCUCUCUCUCAGACACUGCCACUGGAGCUCCAAAACUUGAUGAUGUAAUCAGUCGUAAGUCCCUUGCAGAAAUAGCAAAGAAAAUCACCAGCUGGAAACCUCUGGGGCCAUACCUGGACCUCAGUAGACAACAGGAAGAGGAGAUUGCACAGAAAUACAAGGACAACCUCGGAAUGCAGAAACGAGAGUGUCUGGAGGUGUGGAAGGAGGUAAAGGGAGAAGGGGCCACGUACAAAGCCCUCAUCUCAGCAGUAGAGGAAGCAGAAGACAUGCAGUUGGCAGGCUAUGUGAGGUCACUUCUAGAGAAAUGAACCACCAUUGCAAAUGUCUAGCGUUACAUGUGUACACAGAAGUCUCUGAAUCCUGUGGCGGCUCAUUUGAGCACACGUCACGUGCAUCACACAUGUUGAAUUCCCUAUGG